AUGACGAGUACACUGUCAUUAACUAGUGAUAAUCAAAAUGUAAUAUCAACAAUUGAUGAUGAAAUAAGUCAUCAAUCUAAUCGGAAUACUCCAGAAAAAAUCAAUCGAUUAGUAAUAAAACCAACAACUGUGACAGAAAGAAUUAAAAAUUAUUUUAUUACAAAUGAUGGUCGAAUUGCAUUAGCCGAUCUUUUUUUUACGUUAUUAUGUGUUGUUCUUCAACAUGUUAUGGGUACUUGUCAUCAUUCCUUUAGUGAUGGUCUGACUGCUAUUGAAUGGUAUGUUUUUACACCACCAUUUGGAGCUGGUCCACAUACAGCUGUAUUCUUUUUUGUUCUUUCAUGGAUAACAUUAGCUUAUUGUAUUGAAUGUAUAUGGGUUUAUUUAAGUACAGGUAUACGUGUAUCGAAAAAACGAGAUUUGAUUAUACAUGGUAUUAUUGUUAUUUUAUUUUUGAUUGCAUUUGGUUUUAAUAUUUGGGGUUAUGUUUUAUGUGAAAUGACAAGUCAAGUUAUAACAAUGAAAGCUUUUGCACCAGGCGUUUGCCGAGGCAAUAGUAAAGCAUGUAUUCCUUUGAUUGCUGGUGUAUUAACCUCAUUUGCAGUAGCUUGUGCUUUCUUUGUAGAGCAUAUACUUGCACUAACGAAAUUUUUAAAAAAUCGUCGAGAAAUGAAUGAUUCGAAAUCACCUAAAAUUUUAUUGUAA